GGUUUUCUCCAUUCUUCCACUAUAUUUCUUCAGUAUCAUUCUCUCUCCUUCUCACCGCCGGCCGAUCGAAAUCUCUCUCUCUUCUCCCUCUCCCUUAUCAGUAUGACUGCUCAGACACAAGAGGAGCUUCUCGCGGCCCUUCUCCAGGAGCAGAAGCUCGAUUCUGAGAAGCCUAUUAUUGAAGAUGAUGAUGAUGAGGAUGAUGAUGAGGAUGAUGAUGACAAAGAUGAAGAUGACGUUGAAGGUCAAGUUGAUGCAAGUGGCAGAUUAAAGCAAAGCAGAAGCGAGAAGAAGAGCAGGAAGGCAAUGCUUAAGCUUGGAAUGAAGGCCAUUCCUGGUGUCAGCAGAGUUACUGUGAAGAAGAGCAAGAAUAUUUUAUUUGUGAUAUCGAAACCAGAUGUUUUCAAGAGUCCUACAUCUGACACAUAUGUUGUGAUUGGAGAGGCGAAAAUAGAGGAUUUGAGCUCACAGCUACAAAGUCAAGCUGCAGAACAGUUCAGAGCUCCUAAUUUGAACAAUGUAAUAUCAAAGCCAGAAACUUCGGCUGUAGUACAGGAUGAUGAAGAUGUGGAUGACACUGGUGUGGAGCCGAAAGAUAUUGAAUUGGUGAUGACUCAGGCAGGAGUUUCAAGGUCUAAGGCUGUCAAAUCUCUCAGGGCAGCGGAUGGAGAUAUCGUCACUGCCAUCAUGGAACUUACCAACUAGCCUGCGUUUACUUUGGUUUUCAUUUUGUAUUAUCUACCUUCAUGAGAGAAAAAGAGAAAGUGUGUUGUCUUAUUACUGUUUUUCUAAGAUCUGAUGGUUUUAUCUUUGGAUUUUUAUUUUUAUUUUCUGUAGCUUUGGAUACAAUCUUUUAUAUCUUGUGAGUUGUUGAGUUUGAUUGGCUUUGGAUACAAACUUCACUUGGCAAUGUCAUUCAAGGAAAUUGGUUGAUCCAUAUUUAUCAUCAAUUUAGUUAUUUGGUUCUAUUA